UGAGAAGCCUGUUAAUAAAUAUGUUGAUAGAGUAGCAUGGUUACAAUAUGUUACUUGAAAGUAAGUUGCUGAGUGACAACUACACAUUCAUGGAAAGGCACGUAAAUAGAGGAGUUGCACUUGCACUUAACUUAUUUCAUCCAAUAUAAACAACUCAUUCAUGACUUGCAAUCAUUUAACAGAAUCGAACGUUAGUAUUCCUAAUGGAUAUCAAACUGUCUAUCGGGAAGAGUGUGUUCGAUGCUUUGUUUCUCAGGAUUCCGAAACUGGGAUUGAUCUCUGCUUAGCUUGCUUUGAAUCGGGAUGUGGACCAAACGAACACAAUCACUCAAAAAUACAUUGCGAUAGAAAACAACAUCCUAUUGUGCUGAAUAUAAGAAGAAAACUCAAACCAGAAACAUGUGAAGAACCUCUGCGGAAAGUUACUAAACUGGAAAUUCGUGAAGAAUCAGAAGAGGAUAUUUACGAUUGGUUUUAUCAACCUCACUGUUUAAUAUGUAAAAUUAAUUUGGAUAUUCAGCAACCAUUACUUUCAGCUUCGUUUGAGGCAGUCACCAAAGCGCCAAAAGCUUCCAACAAAAGCCAAGUCAAGGCAUGGGAGAACGAAAUUGUCCCAUGUGAGCAUACACUUUGUCUUAAUCCUCAAGCUGAUCAUAUUCCAGAUUUAAAGGACACAAAAUGUUUUGGCUGCGAUCUGAAAGAUAAUUUAUGGAUGUGUAUGCAUUGUGGAAUUUUGAGUUGCGGGCGCAAGCAAUAUGGAGGAGGUGGUGGUAAUGGCCACGCGAUUGAACACUUUAAAAACUCUAAGCAUGCUGUCUCUGUGAAACUGAAAAGCAUUACACCGGAUGGUCAUGCUGAUAUUUAUUGUUAUAGUUGCGACGAGGAAAGAAUUGACCCGUACAUCGAAGAUCACUUAGCAACUUUCCAAAUCGACAUGAAAAAACUGAAUAAGACUGAAAAGUCAUUGGCAGAAAUGCAGUUGGAACAAAAUUUAAAUUGGGAUUUUGGAACCUCUGAAGAAGAAUCGGGAGCUACUCGUUUAUUUGGACCAGGACUUACAGGAUUAAAAAAUUUGGGAAACAGUUGUUAUUUAGCUUCCACGAUGCAAGCUUUAUUUUCUAUCAAGGAAUUCGCUGACUUUGAACUGGAUAUGUUCAAUACAUGUAAUCCUAGGUGCGAUCAUCCGACAUCGAAUUUUCAAUGUCAACUUUCAAAAUUGGCUGAAGGGUUGUGCUCUGGUAAAUUUUCCAAGCCAAGCGGACUUGUACGCCAGACAACCGACUCUUCUCCUAUGCUUCCAUUCCAAGAUGGUUUACGACCUUACAUGUUUAAAGACGUUAUGGGCCAGGAUCACCCAGAAUUCGGUACAGCACAACAACAAGACGCCUAUGAAUUUUUAGUUUACCUCUUGAGUGUAAUCCGUAGAAACAGCAUUGGAAACCGCGAUAUAUCUACUCUUUUCGAUUUUGAUGUUGAACAAAAAUUACUUUGUCUUUCGUGUAAGCGUGCACGUUACUCAGUCUUUACUUCUCAAGGACUUACAAUUCCUGUGCCACGAAAGAAAAUAGGAGAAGAAAAUGGUGAAGGGGUUUACGAGGAAGUUACUCUUAAUGAAUGUUUGGAUUUGGCUGUUCAGCCUGAUAGUAUGGAAUAUACUUGUGAGGCCUGUAAGAGUAAGCAAGGGGCCACGACCUGUUUAUCCUUAAAAACAUUUCCGAAGGUCUUAGCUUUACAGCUAAAUCGCUUCGAUAUACAAGCUUUUCAAGUAAAAAAGUUGGGGAUCCCCGUAAAAGUCUCUGAAGAAGGACUAUACAAGUUAGACAAUCUCGUUGCGAAACCUCGACCUGAAGGUGAAGAAUUACUUCCUGAAGCCGCUCCAAUGAUCAACUGGAAUGAACAAGCUAUAGAGCAGCUUCAAGCUAUGGGUUUUCCAAUAGCUCGGUGUCAAAGAGCUAUGUUGGCCACGAACAAUGCUGAUGCCGAGACUGCUAUGAACUGGUUGUUUGAGCAUAUGGAGGACCCUACAAUUGAUAAUCCGAUAGACGUAUCUGAACUUCGACAGGCUAAAAGUGAUACUGUUCCCAAUGAUAAAGUUCAGUCUCUAUGUGAUUUUGGAUUCUCAGAAGCACAGGCUAAAAGAGCACUCACAGAAACAAAUAACGACGUUGAAAGAGCUGUUGAUUGGAUCCUAAAUCAUCCAGAUGAAAAGUUUGAUGAAACAGCCAGUGAAGCAGAAAAGUCAAUGGAAGUCGAAAAAGUGAAACACGAUACUGAUUCUUUGCCUGCAAACUACCAACUGAAAGCUAUCAUUAGUCAUAAGGGUGGUAGUGCACAUGCUGGUCAUUAUGUAGCGUUUAUUCGAAAAGAAAUUGAAGGUCAGUCUGUCUGGGUUCUCUUUAAUGAUGAGAAGAUUUUGAAGGCGUCAUCAUUAGAAGAAGCAAAGGCUACCGGGUAUGUCUACAUAUUAGAGCGGAUAGAUGACUAAAAACAUCAAGCGUCAAAAGGAAAGGAUUAGGUCCAGGACUAAAAGGUAUUAUUACUUGUCUUUAAUAUUAGGAGCUUCGUAACAAAAAAAUAAAUAUAUUUAUCGUCUGCCAUUGAAUA